ACGCACGCAGCCUGCUCAGAGCCCAUACGUGACAAAACCCACGCCAUUGUGACGUGUGAGAACGCUUGAAGGAAGAGCCACCUGAGAGGUCACCAGCACUCCUGCGGACAAGAGGCAUUUUCUAACUCUCCUCUGAAUGGCUGACUGAGUAGAAUGUUGCUUACGUAGAAUCCCCGGUUUGUGAGGUCAUUUUUUUUUUUUUCAGUUAGAAGUGUUUUAGUGGUUGUCCUUUCCGACACGGACAGUCUUCUGUCAGAGGUUACGGAGCCUGAGAGCUGCAUUUCUUCUUAGAGGUGAAAGCGUCGGUGAAUGUGAAGUACCUCUGGCUCCCAGCGAUUUGAAGAAACGCCAAUGGGGAACCCCAGGCGGUUGGCAGUUAUCAGCGACUGAGGACGAAAGACUACUUUCAGAUGAGAUUCGGAAUUGGUAUAAAAUUGUUUCCAACAAAUAUUGAAAUAAAGAAGUAACUUGUCAAGAUGAGCAAAUUGAAAGUGAUAACAGAGAAAAGUCAUGCUAAUAAUUCACGGAUUUUGACUCUUCUGGCUCAACUGCAGAAGAUUAAUUCAGGUGCUAAGGAUUCAGAUAAUGCCAGAAGUGUGACAGCCAAGAUUUUGCAUCUGACCCAAAGUCAAGAAAAAACAAGAAAAGAAAUGACUUCCAAGGAGUCUACUGGUGUGGAUAUACUUCUGUCAACAUUAGAGAGUACGAAAGAUCUUCAGACCACGCUUAAUGUCCUCAGCACCCUUGAUGAAUUGAUGUCUAUAGGUGGAGGCCGGAAAGCCAGCUCCAUCAUCUGCAGAGGUGGGCCUCAGAUAUUGCUGCAGAUGCUUUUGAAUGCCAGCAAAGACAGUCAGCGCAACGAGGAGCUUCUGAUUUUGGUUCACUCCUUGCUUGCCAAGGUUGGACCCAAAGAUCGGAAAUUUGGAAUAAAAGCCAGAGUGAACGGGGCCUUGAAUGUAACAUUGAAUUUAGUGAAGCAGAAUUUGUCAAAUCCCCGGCUACUACUACCUUGCCUCCAACUGCUAAGAGUAUAUUCCACCAACCCCGUGAAUGCGGUUUCCCUGGGGAAAAAUGGAGUCGUCGAACUGUUAUUUAAGAUCAUCGGACCUUUCAGUAAGAAGAGUACAAGCAUCAUAAAGGUGGCCUUAGAAACUCUUGCCGUUUUGCUAAAGUCAAAAACAAAUGCCAGGAAAGCCGUAGACAAAGGCUACGUCCAUGCGCUUCUAACAAUCUAUAUAGAUUGGCACCGUCACGAUAGUCGCCAUAGUAACAUGGUCAUCCGAAAAGGAAUUUUACAGAGCAUAAAAAGUGUUACCAGCAUCAAGUUGGGAAGGAAGGCAUUUAUUGAGGCCAAUGGGAUGAACAUUCUCUAUAGUACUUCACAGGAUUGUUUGACAGUGAGGAUGCUGGAUCCUUUAGUCAACACAUCCAGUCUAAUCAUGAGGAAGUGUUUUCCCAAAAAUCGCCUUCCGUUACCAACUAUUAAAAGCGCAAUUCACUUCAAGCUGCCGGUUAUGCCCGUGACUGGAGCAGUAGCUCGGCUCUACAGUUUACCACCUGAUGUGGACGAUGUCGUCGAUGAAAGUGACGACAAUGAAGAGAACGAUGUAGAAGCUGAGCAGGAGGAGGAGAAGCAACCGUUUAAGAAUGAUGAUCUUGAGACCGAUAUCAACAAGUUGAAACCAAAACAGGAAUUGGGCAGGCCAGUAAGCGAAUUAAAGAUGUACGAACGCUUUUUUCCUGAGCUUACUGAUGACUUCGAGGAGCGUGGCUUUAUCUCUAAAGAACCGAAGUCUUUAGGCGCGGAGGGCGGUCCCGGAGCCCCCAUCGUCGUGCCCACGGCGGAAGCGGAGAAGCCGUGGGGAGUCAGCAAGACGGCCAGGGGCCCGGCCUCUAAGCAGAGAUGCACCCAAGGAGAACACCGGGACAAGCUACCGCCUCUCUUUGAGCCGCCCAAGAGAGAGACGAAAGAGGGCCCCGGCUCAGCCCGGCAGCCGCAGGACCAGAAGAGGAAGGUGGCGUCCUGCCAGGUCCUCAACAGCGACGUGAUGAAGAGAUUGGAGAACCUCACCCUCCAGAGCGCCUCCAAAGCCGCCCAGAGUUCCACCGAGGGGGCCAGAAGCAAGAAGGAGAGCAGGAGGAGCCUGCCGGUUAUCAAGACCAGCCCCCAGGUGACCUCCUGCGGCCACGACCCGUGGGAGGAGCCCCCGGUCCAGCUGGGCCAGCUGUGCUGCGCCAGAGCCGACCCCGACGAGGCCGACAGCCCCGACUCGCCGUCGGACCGGAUCCUCGCCGGGGCGCUCCACGAUUCCGACCUCUACGUGGCGCUCGUGAAGCAAACCAAAUCGGUACCCCGCUACUCGGAGGUGGCCUACCCCGACUACUUCGGUCACACGCCGCCCCCUUUCAAAGAGCCGAUCUUGGAGAGGCCCUACGGGGUCCAAAGGACCAAAAUAGCUCAGGAUAUUGAGAGACUGAUUCAUCAAAGUGACAUUAUUGACAGAGUUCUAUACGAUCUGGAUAAUCCCAGUUUUUCAGUUCCAGAAGAGGGAGAUGUUUUGAAGUUUAAUUCCAAAUUUGAGUCCGGGAAUCUGCGCAAAGUUAUUCAGAUUAGAAAAAACGAGUAUGAUCUGAUUCUGAAUUCUGAUGUAAACAGCAAUCAUUAUCAUCAGUGGUUUUACUUUGAAGUCAGUGGGAUGCGGACAGGCAUUGGGUACCGGUUUAAUAUCAUCAACUGUGAAAAAUCUAACAGCCAAUUUAAUUACGGAAUGCAGCCCCUGAUGUAUUCAGUCCAGGAGGCGUUAAAAUCUAGACCAUGGUGGAGUCGUGUUGGUGUUGAUAUCUGUUACUACAAAAAUCAUUUUUCAAGGAGUUCCAUUGCAGCUGGAGGACAGAAGGGAAAAUCUUAUUAUACAAUUACUUUCACAGUCAAUUUCCCACACAAAGAUGACGUCUGCUACUUCGCCUACCACUAUCCGUAUACAUAUUCAACUUUAAGGAUGCAUCUUCAAAAACUGGAAUCAGCUCAUAACCCUCAGCAGAUCUAUUAUCGUCAAGAUGUAUUGUGUGAAACUCUAUCGGGAAACAUCUGUCCUUUAGUGACCAUAACGGCCAUGCCGGAGUCAAAUUAUUAUGAACACAUCUGUCAAUUCAGAAAUCGUCCGUACAUUUUCUUAUCCGCACGAGUCCAUCCCGGGGAGACAAAUGCGAGUUGGGUCAUGAAGGGAACCCUGGAAUUCCUGAUGAGCAAUAACCCGACGGCUCAAACUUUGCGGGAAUCCUAUAUCUUUAAAAUUAUCCCUAUGUUAAACCCAGAUGGCGUCAUUAACGGCAAUCACCGCUGUUCUUUGAGUGGAGAAGAUCUGAAUAGACAGUGGUUGUACCCCAGUCCGGAUUUGCAUCCGACCAUUUAUCAUGCGAAGGGACUGCUACAGUACCUGGCUUCCAUAAGGCAUUUACCUCUGGUAUUUUGUGAUUAUCACGGCCAUUCUCGCAAGAAGAACGUAUUUAUGUACGGCUGCAGUAUUAAGGAGACCGUGUUGCAAACUGACGGUAGUUCUUCCUCCCGAGAGGUGGUCGAAGACCUUGGAUACAGGAAUUUACCGAAGAUUCUGAGUCACAUCGCCCCGGCUUUCUCUAUGAGCAGCUGCAGUUUCGUUGUGGAAAAGUCCAAGGAAUCUACCGCUCGUGUCGUCGUCUGGCGAGAGAUUGGAGUUCAAAGAAGCUACACCAUGGAGAGCACCCUGUGCGGUUGUGACCAGGGAAAAUACAAGGGUUUGCAGAUCGGGACCAAAGAAUUAGAAGAAAUGGGAGCCAAAUUCUGUGUGGCUUUGUUGCGUUUGAAAAAAGUGGCCUCCCCCACAGAGGCUCCGCCCCCCAGCAUGUCGGACAUGGACCACGACUCGGCUGACUCCAGCUGCAAGCAAACAAGGGAGAUGGGUAACCGCUGGAAGGUUCGGGAGGAGCGGCGAGACAUCGGCCCGGCGACGGCUCAGGAAGAUGAGCCGGGGAGCGACGCGGAGGACGGACGGAAGCGGGAAGAGGCCGAAGGCCGGCAGACCGGUCGGGCGACCGAAACGGCCGUCUAACCCCGAUGCGGGGAGAGCCCGAACCCGGGGGCCGUAUGGGUGGAGAGGAAGGCGAGGAUCCGGGGACCGAUCUGGAGGAAGAAGCGGCGGGACGUAAGGCGGGAAUUCCUCAACCUCCGACUGUCCGAGCCACAGCGAACACCGCUUUCGACGUCUCCGAAUUCACGACCCGUUCGGGGAUCGCGACGUCGGAUCCGGCUCUGAUACCUGGCUGGUAAGUCCUACUACUUAUGUAAUGGAUGAAGAUGAACCUCGUUUCCCGGAAGAAGUCGAUUACAGCGCAGACAGUGACGACGAACAGG